CAGUGUUGGCAUCACUAAUUUGCUGGUUAUUAGAAAAGUGAAGUGUGUUUUUGCGAAAAGUGCAAGUUUUAGUGAAAUAAACAGGUAAAACGUGUGGAAAUUAUUAAAUAUUACCAAUUAAAAAUGAUUUGCACACUUUGCCUAAAGGAAUACGCAAAUAUUGACAAUUAUGCUGAUCACCUAAAAAAAAUUCACCUUCUGACCUCAAAAGAUAGGUUGAGCUGCCAAUUUUGUGACCAAGUUUUCAGUGGAAUAAACAUUUUAAAAAUACAUCUGAAAAGGCAUUCGAGCAACGAAUUGUGGUCACAACCUGCAAGAGGGUGCAGUAGUGCUCCAAGUGGUUUAAAGAGUGAAGAUAUUGCGACAGCUGCCGGUGCGCCACCAACUUCCUUCACGCAGCAAAUUGUCUCAGCUGAAGAUUUUAGUGUUGACAAAAAGGUAAAAGACCUUCAUGUCAGUGUAUUGCAAUUUUCAUCGUCCUUGCAUGGGCGUAGCAACUUUUCAAGAAAAGACGCGACGGAUGUAACAAAUAUGGUUAAAAAUAUGAUAAUGAAUCCAAUUUUGGAUAUUUUAAAAGGAUUCGUUGAAGCAAAAAUUGGACACCAUUUUGACUUGAGAUCUGAAUUUUUGGGCAUCACAAAUUCAUGCUCAAGGAUCACUGAGUCAAUAAAAUCAGAAUAUAUUCUUGCAAAAACACUGGCAACUAAAGGAUACACCACCAUCUUAAAUGAAAUUGUGAUCAAUAGGGAGCCAGACUUUGUUUUAAAGAAAGGUGUGCUUACGUCUGGUGAAAAGCUAUCGAAAAUGGCAAUAAUGCCACCAGCGACGUUGGUUAAAUCAUCCAGAGGAGUAUUUUUUAUACAGUUAAAGGAGAACUGUUUUCCAACGAACAGAUAACUACAUUUUUUAUAAAGAACCAAAUUCCUCGAUAAUGUCUUUAGUUAUUAAUGAUUUGUUUCCCGCAAUCCUAAGCCUUUUUCCAAAUGAAAAGUUGAACUUCUACAGAACCGAAAAGAGAGGAAAACUGUAUACCAAAUAUUGCUACUUAAAAAAAAGCUUCAAAAACCGUUUGUUUAUAAUUCCUGUACCUGAAGAAAAUACCAAAGCUGAUAAAAUUACUCGCGAUGAUCAUGCAGAAGAAAUCAUACAGCAUCUUAAAUACGACAAUUUGACAGCAGAAGAAUUCGAAAGCUGCUGGCAGGCCAGUGCAAAUUAUAGAAUUCAUCAAAUAAAGGAAAAAUUUAAUAGCAUUCAACAAGUUUUCGUAGACUGGCCAGAGUAUAAAAAGCCGAACGGAUAUCGAUUGAUUGAUCUAGACUUUGGUACGAUUUUUCCCAAUCAUGAUAAUUUUCUUGUUGACUGGAAGCAAAAAGUUUUGAAGCUCUUUUUACAUCUUAAGAGAAGUGAGUGCUUAAAGGACGGUGCCACAAAAAUCAUUAUCAGCUCUAUGUCCGAAGGGGAUUUAGAAAAAGGUAUGAUUAGAUGAAACGUCCUUUGCUUUUAAGACUUUUUGGUGCCUACAUGGAUAUCUUUACCCUACAGGACACGUUAUGAAAAAGGAUAAUACUGGGAAAAGAUGUACAAUCAGAUUCACCAUAAAGGACUCUCAGGAAUCGUAUGCUUUUGUCGGACAAAGUCUUCAAAACCUAGAUGAUUACAUUGAUUUUUUAAGCCAACGUAAAGAAAACAUACAGCCUUUUAUCCUGUCGGUAGGAGACAACAAUUACUCAAAAUUCACUGAAUUUUUUUUAUAUUUAGAUGGUACAAAAAUUCCAUUCCAAAGCUUUUUACGCUGUAUGGAUAUAUGUUUCAAAUCCUUUUAUUUAUUUAAUGUGGAGUACCCUAAAGCUUCCACAACAUUUUGGACAUUUAUUGAAGCUUACUUUUACAAACUAGCAUUACCUCAAGGAAAAAAAACUUUGAAAAUAAAUAUUCUGAUGCAAGAACUUGAAGACUUCUAAUUUAAUGUACACUUUUGGUCAGAUAAUUAAGUUAGUUACAUAGGAACUAGCUAUUUUUCUUUUUUUAUUAUUUUUUUAUAAAAGUCUAGCGCAUUGUAUAACAAGCACCUAACUUA